AUGACACUUGACGAACAAUCUCACAAACAAUUCAGACUUCCGGCUCAAGUGAUGAAGAAAAUGAAAGCCGGAGAGCUUUCUGUUACAGAAGAGCCGUCUCAGACUGAUAAGGAACUGGAAACCGCAGAUCAGUGUUUUAACAAGGGUACGGAAGAAGAAGAAAGUGGGGAUCGAUGGAUUACAUCAGAUCUUUCGAAAGCUCUCAGAUUUUACCAACGUGCGUUUGAUUUGUAUCAAAAAACACUAAAGAUGAACCCAGAGAAUUUGGAUGCCUUAUACAAUGCAUCUAGAUUGCUCUUUUCUGUUUACACUGAGUACAUCAAGAACGAGGCGGUGAACCUGGCUGACUUAACAAAUUGUGAGGAAGCAUUGAGUGGAAACGAUAAUUCCGUAAUACAGCCGCUUGAAAAGAUAACAAGCGUGUUUCAACAUGCUGUUGAUUUUGUGGGCAGCCAUAAAACAGAUUCCCUACCGUGGGACUUGUAUUAUAAUGCAGCAAUAUGCUAUUUUGAGUAUGCCGAAGACAUGACAAGUGGUGGAUAUGAGACCGAUGCACAUUAUGAUGAGGCGAUUGGUGCAAUGGUGUCAUCUGAGCAGCUACUAACAGCUGUGCUUAAGUUCCAGAUGCAGUCAUUGCAGAAUACUGAUAGCGGGGAUCAGAAGAAUGAUGAUGAUGAUGAUGAUGAUAAAAAUUCUUUGGAAACGUGCAUAGACGGAUAUCGGCUUGUGACAACACUUUAUGAGGAUGCUUGCACCAAGAAAAGAGAUCAGGAUGUGGAAAAAGCAUCUCAGAACUUCAUCAGUGAUAUUGAUGCUGCCGCCAGUGAAUUGAUCAACGCUUUUUCUGCAAAUGGGAGGCUUGGAGCAGACCAGAUCAAUGAAUUAAGACUUGCCAAAGCUGCUUUGAGCUCUUCCCGGUGUACGGAUGCCUCAGCAUGCGAUAACGUGUGGAAGCAAUCCCAGAUUGAGGACCGUCCGGACAAGCUUCUCAUCCAGGCAGGCUCUUAUCGGACUCUUCUAGAUAAGUAUGAUGAGGCAAACGUCGAAAUUUCAGAUGAUCAGAAGUGGACUGUGCUCACUUAUAUGGAUAGAUUGUAUAAGCAGGUGUAUAUAAUCCUUAAAGCGGAGCUUGAUGAGUACAAACUCAGAAAAAAGAAGGAUCAUGGAGAUGAUAGCAGCAACAUAAUCAGUCAGAUAUGCACGAUCUUCAUUGAGGAAGCAGAUAUUGCGCUCGAGAGAUCAAAUUUGACAAGUUGUGAUAUAGCGUUGAAAAGUCAAAGUGUCCUGGUGAAGAACUUUCAUGCACUUCUCAAAAAUGCAGUGAUAUAUUCAAAGAAAAGUGGUGGGUUGCGAGAAUCCAUUGUGGGAAAGCUCAUGCGGGAAAAAAGACGCCGGGAAGCACUAAUUAGGAUGUGUAUUGCUGACGGAAAGACUAGUGUUGCCGAAUUWAAAUAG